GACCGCCGCCGCCGCCGCCGCUGCUGCUGGCGCUGCUGCUGUGCCUCGCCGCGUCGCCGAGCAUCUUCGCGCCGGCGGAGGGGCGACAGCCGGGGGAGCAGUCCUUCCGGCCCAAUGCGCUGCAGAGCUCGUUUCCACCGCCGCCGCCACCGCCACCACCGAGCUUCGGCGCGGCGUCGUCCUCGUUCAGCGCCACCCUGGCCGCCACCACACGCUUCUUCGCGUCCUUCAGCUCCACGUCGUUCAGCGAGUCCAGCACCCAAGUCGCGUGCGUCCCCGGCGAGGGCGGCACCUGGCCCGUGCCCGGCACCAACUGCAACAUGUUCUACCGCUGCGGGGGCGGGCGGCGGCCGCUCGAGUUCAAGACGUGCCCGCCGGGGAAAGUCUACUACGCCGAGUAUCAGGACUGCCAGUACCCGACGGCGUCCUGGCGCUGCUGGGAGCCCAUUUGCACGGGUCGCGUGGACGGCCCUUACCCGGACUGGUCCACCAACUGCCGGCGCUCGGUGCGCUGCCAGGGCGGGCGCGUGACGGCGGCCAUCGGCUGCCCCGCCGGCCAGCUGAGCGGCGGCCACACGGGCUGCCGGCCCGCGCACGAGGUGUCCUGCCCGCGCGUGUCCGAGGGGUCGGCGCCCGUGCACCUCGCGCCGCUGCGGCCCGCCGCGCCCGCCACCAGCCCCGGCCCCGCGCACCCGCUGUGCUUCGGCAGGUCGCCGUCGCUCACCCAGGACCGCUCGCCCGCCUCGCGCUGCCGCCAGUACUUCCGCUGCUCGGCCGGCGGCCAGCGCUCCGUCGAGACCUGCCCCGGCGCGCAGGUGUUUGAUGGCAUCCGCUGCGUGGACCCCGAGUACUACACGUGCAGCGUGGAGGGCGAGUCGUCGGCGUCCUCGUCGUCGUGCGAGCACCUCCCCGACGGCACCUACCCCCAGCCCGGGUCGCGCUGCCGCGCCUACUACCGCUGCUCGCUGGGCUACAAGAGCGUGUUCGUCUGCUCCGGGGACGCGGUGUUCGACGGCGAGCGGUGCGUGCCCAACGCGCGCUGCGUCGAGGACACGGGCGUCGCCUCGCUGUCGCAGCAGUUCACGCACCCGCAGCAGCCGCAGCAGCAGCAGCUGCGACCCCAGUCCCCCGAGAGCAGCCUCUGCGCGGGCAAGUCCCACGGGUACUUUGCCGACCCAGCCUCCAGGUGCAGGAGGUACGUCUACUGCCUGUCGGGCGCGCCCGUCGGCACCUUCAGCUGCGAGGCCGGACGCCGGUUCGACGGCCGGCUCUGCGUGGAGACGGAGUACUGCGCCGGCUUCCCCGUCGGCCCGUCCUCGCUGCCGCCGUUCCAGCAGCCGCAGCCGCAGUCGCAGCACCAGCAGCAACUGCACCAGCUCCUGCGCCAGCACCAGCAGCAACAGCAGCAGCAGGCGCCGCAGCAGGGCUUCUUCCCGGACCUGGCCUCCGGCUGCAGGAACUACUCGUUCUUCAUCGCCGGCCACGAGACCAAGCUGUCCUGCCCGCCGGGGCUGCUGUUCAACGGGCAGCUGUGCGUCAGUGAGAACACCUACACCUGCCCGACCAGCCUGCCCACCGGCUAAGGCUAAGGCAGCAGCGGCUGCAAGGCAGGGCAUGUGAAAGGAAGACAGCGCACCCGCGCGACUGCGGCAGGUGGGAGAGCAGAGCCGGCCGCAUGAGCCGCAGGCCGAGCAUGGAGGCCUCGAUGGAGGCCCUGGGGCAGGUGGGAGCUCCCCGGCAGGGCAGAGGCGGCCGCUCAGGCGCCUCGAGGAGGCUGACGGCGUGCCACGGUGAGCUCUCGGAGAGCGAAGGUGGGCAGCCCUGGCUUGAGGGUCGGCAGGGCAAGGCU